GGAAACACGUCGCAACUACCGGAAACCUUUUUAGGCAGCACGUGUGUAGCAUUUUUUUCCCCUUGCAAAGCACGCUGCAAACAGCAAGCAAACGUUUUGUUUAAUAUUAUUUGUUUAAUCGAAAACAUGACAAAGGUAAAGAAGGAAAAGGCCAUCAAGGAGGAUGCUGGAUCGACGGAGACCGGAGUGACAGAGAAAUCGUAUCUAGAGUUGAUCGCAAACAUUAACCCAAUCGCGAAUCCACUGGCCACCAAGAAGCUAAGCAAGAAACUUUACAAAUGUGUAAAAAAGGCAUCCAAGCUCAAACAAAUUCGCAGAGGAGUGAAAGAAGUCCAGAAGUUCAUCAACAAAGGAGAAACUGGCAUUGUGGUGUUGGCUGGGGAUACUCUUCCAAUCGAUGUUUACUGCCAUCUACCAGUCAUGUGUGAGGACAGGAGUUUGCCAUAUGCCUACAUUCCCUCAAAAGUGGACCUUGGUUCGUCUGCUGGCUCAAAGCGGCCCACCUGCGUCAUCAUGAUCAAAUCUCAUGAGGACUAUAAGGAGGCCUAUGAUGAGUGUUUCGAUGAGGUUUCUGCCCUGCCUAAACCCCUCUGAACCAUGUCACUGGCUAGUGGACUCAGAUGGACAGGCAAACUCCUAUGGUAUCUGAGAAUGUCUGGCUGUAGGCAGAAUUAACGAGUGAGUGAAAUGGACUUUCAUACUUGAGCCAAGCUACAGGGUGUUGUAGUAUAUCUCGCUGUGUACGUUGAACCGGGAAUAUCAUACACUAGCAGUGAUCCCCGUAAAAUGUCAACCGGGCAUAAGGUAGAUGACACCCCCAUUAUUUUGGUGUUAAGUAUAUGCGGUCUUAACUGUAGCUGGACAUAACUUUAUUUUCCUCAUUCUGUGGGAGCCAUGCAUUGUCUACGGCCAAGUACAAUUGGGAAAAUCUAGUGUGUAACUGUUGUGAUUUAAACGUCAUCUAAAAGUCAGUCAGUUCUAAUUGAGUGACCACAUGGGACUACAGGAUGCCUGCUCAGUUAAACAUGAAAUCAUUUCUUGCAAUCCCAUUCUCAUUGCAGUUGUAAACUACUGUAUCAUAUCUCCUACUUUGAAAUUUGGUAGGCUAAGUUUGAUUCAUUGUUUGUCUUGUUUUUUUACAGGCAUAUAGACAUUUCCCUUUGCUUAAAGGUGAUUUUGUUUUGAGGAAGGUAAAUUAGUAUGUGACGCAAUGCUGUAUUGAUGCAAUAAAUACUUGUUUCUUUUGUAAA